AUGGACGAAAUUCUCUCCAGUCCCACGAAAGUGGUGCCGCGGAGGAGUGUCUCCCGCGACUCGCAAUCGCCAUCAAAAUCGCCGCGGCUGCCAGCGCUAAGAGGGGUGCCUGCCGGUCUCCCUCAGCUGCCCCAGAAACCCAAAUUGGGACGCAAUGGGCGCCGUCUGCCACUGAAACCUCAAACCAAUGGCGUUCUACUACAUGAUAAGCUGCCCCAGCUGCUUCAGGUCGAGCUGUACGUGGAGGAGGACGUGUCUACCGUCACUAAAACCGCCGUUAAGGUGACCACUACUAAGCGUGGCCGACGCGUCAAACUCCGCAAAUACGUUAGUGACGACGACGAUGCCGAUAGCGAGUUCGAUUCCAGCCACAGCGAAGGCGAUAACGACGACAAAGACAACGAUAUCGACGAUAUUGACGACGAUGAUGACCCGGCCGUCGAUGACCUCGAUGUCGAUGAUCUCGCGGUGGAGACUACAAAACCGAGGACUACCAGAUCGAAACUGCCUCUGAAGAGUCCAUCACGAGCAAAACUGACGUCUACAACCCCUAAACCCGCCGGCGCUCGGGGGUCACGUGGAGCAGGCCGACCGUCAAAGGCCCACGGAGUGGUGGUGGAGUCGAUCUUCACCGAUCUCAACUCGCCAAAACAGUUCCUGCUGCUGCCAUCCAAGGAACUGUUUUUGGAGAAGCUCAGACAACUGCUGACGAAUACCGAUACUCGCCUGUCUCUUUUGACCACCUACGAAACCCAAUUCCGCAAGGCCACGUCCGAGUUUGGCCGCCGCGAUAUCAUCCUGGGGAUCAAACGCCCCAGUCAGCAACAGAUCGACGCUGAAGCCGAAGAGAGACGCAAACAGUACCGGCCACUUCCGGUACCGGAACUCGACCGGACAACCGGGAAGAUCGACGAACUGUGGUUCGACGAAAACUUUACCCUGGAGCCCGCUCUACCUGAAUUGAAAGUGGGGAUCACCUCAAUCACCCAUGACGCCCCGAAAGGUAUCCAGGAUUACCGCGCCGUGUAUUUAGAAGGGGCUGAAGGUUACUUUGAGCAGAACUCGAUUAGAGGUAUCAAUCUGAACCACGGGGUGGGGCUUGCUCCGCAACUCGACUACGACGACUACAUGCGUUAUACCGAGAUUGGCGACGCCGUCACCGCUUCGGCUCGCGCUCAAUUGCGUGAAGUCCACCGCCUGCUAUUCCCUCAAUGGUGCUUUGAGCUAUCACAAGGGUUUUCCCUUAAUUUCUACGGGGUGGGCUCGAAACUAGACAUCCUCAACCAGUUCAUUCUGGACUAUAUCGCCGGCUGGUUGGCCAACAUGUACCCCGACGACGACGUCAACACCAAGUACCUCGUCAUCAACGGGUUCAACCCCAAAGUGAAGCUCAAAGACGUGAUCACUUCCAUCACCGACGUGUUCCGCGACCACUACCCUCAGGAGACAGCACUUAAAUUUCCCAAAUACGUCACGGAGACGGUGCCGUUCCUCAUUCGCCUCAUCGAGCGCUACCGCACUCAGCCAGUACAACGCCCCUCGAUCGUCAUCCUUAUACAUAAUAUCGACGGCGAAGGGCUCCGAGACGACAAGGACCAGCGGCUUCUCUCGGAGCUCGCAGCCUUACCGGAAGUGUACCUCCUUCUGUCGACCCACACCGUCAACGCUGCCCUCCUCUGGGACUCGGCCCGCGCCAAAAACUUCAACUGGGUGUGGCACGAUCUCACCACCUACGACCCCUACACCGUCGAGUCGUCGUUCAAGGACGUGCUUGCCCUUGGCCACUCCAAGAACCACGGGGGCGGCACUGGGUCCAAGUUUGUCCUCAAAUCAUUGCUGCCUAACGCCCGCAAUUUGUACAAGGUGACCCUCGAAAUGCAGCUAGAAGUGGUGCUGAACCACAACGUCAAGGGCAAGUCAGGUCUUAAGGGGAGUUUGCGCCUCCUGAUGUUGUUUGACGAUGUCUACCAGCGGUGUUUGGCGGCGAUGGUGGUGCUGAGCACCAUGCAAUUCCGCAACUUGCUUAAGGAAUUCAUCGACCACAAAAUGCUCAAAUUGGUGGUGGACAAGCUUGGCGACGAGCGGUUGUACGUGCCGUUCUCGGUGUUGGAGAUGGAGCGGCUUUUGCAUGACGAAUUCAAAUAG